AUGACGAUUGCGUUCCUCGACGUGGCAAUCACCAUCGAGUAUGUCUCGACGGCAAUUUCGCUCGUCUGUCUGCCCAUCAACAUCCUUUUCGUCUAUAUUCUAUGGGUCGAGCGGUGAGUCGUCGAAAGAACGAAAGUUCUGAUCCAUUCAAAGUUUGCAGAAAGCGCGCGCCGUACAACACUCCGUUCUUCCGGCUCUGCAUCCAUUUAUCGAUUGCUGACAUUCUGAUGGAGGUGUUUUCGACACUUUUCUUCAAGUUUCCCUCGUUCGGCGUCUUUCCCGACACGUUCUACAAGGAGAACUGGUCGGUGGUUCCGAUUGCGGGCAUGCAAUAUUUGGGACACGCGCAGGCGUUCGGCAUCAUUUUUAUUGCGGUGAAUCGGUUCACCGCCGUGCAUUAUCCCAUCAAACAUCGACAACAGUGGUGGACGGCGAAAGUGAGUGUUUUGUAGUAAUCUGACGACCGGGGUUCGAACCCCGCCCGCGUCAAAUCUCUUUUGCGUGUGCUCGUCGACAUUAAAACCCGAUUUCAGGUCACCAAGACCCUUCUGCUGAUCCAAUGGAUUACACCGGUGCUGUUCAUGGCUCCGCUCUUCUUCACCGACUUCAAAUUUCUGUUCGACCGCUCUUCCGGCUCGGUGAUAUUUGCGGCAAGCGAUGCAAGAUUUCACAAGGUAUUGUGCUUCUCUUAUCACAAACUUAUUGCCGAUAUUGUCCCCUGUCUCCGAUCUUUGCACCGCCUCCCAAUUUUCAGAACUAUUUUCUCGCGAUGGCUUUGGUCGACGGAGUUGUCAUCAAUUCGAUUGUUUUGCUUCUCUACGGCGCGAUUUUUGUGAGGUUAGACACGUUGAAAUUGACAAUUCUAGGCGUCUAGUAAUCUGAGGGUUUUUAUUCGAUGUUUUCUAAACUUCUUAUCACCGCCACACUCAUAAAAAGGCAAAUAGCGUUGCUCGCGCUGAACUUUCGAGUUUAUGCCCUGAAUCGUCAGUUUUUGACAUCAAAAACCGGCUCAGGAUGAUGUUAAAAUUAGCAAACACGCAAGCUCCCGUUUUCCGCGUUAAAUAACAAGUUUUCUGACUUUUCAGGCCACAAAAUCCCAUUUUUUUUGCAGAGUUCACACACACGUGGUGGUCCGAAAGCCGGGCGAGCUGGCGCUCCGUCUGGCGCUCUCCGCCUUCAUCAUUUUCAUCUGUUACCUGGCGCUCGGCAUCUUUUCGCUGCUUUCGGCGCUGACUCCGCCCCCCGACGCGUGGGUCUACCGAACCAUGUGGUUCGUCGUCAAUGACGUCCUGUGCAACUCGAGCGCCCUCGUACUUUUGGCCCUGAAUCGACCGAUUCGAAAGGUUUGACACAAUAAAUAUCUGCUCAAAAAAAAAACCGCCAAAACGAGUGUUGCAGGCAUUCACCCGUCAUUUGGGCAUAUUUUCGUACCAAGGGGUGAGCACGAAAAACCAUAAUUCACUUCUUCAAGCCGUCUAA